AUGAACCCUCAUCAGAAGAACAAGAUUGACGUCAAGUCGCUAUCGCCCGACGAGCAGCGCCUGUUCCGCCUGUACGGCAAGCUGCCCUCGAAGUCGGACCACUUCGCCAAGCAUCUGAAAGAGCGCAAGUAUUUCGACAGCGGCGACUACGCCAUGUCCAAAGCCGGCAAGGGCGACAGCGUCGACACAGGCAGCGUCGGCAGCCAGCAUCCCGUUCCCGAGAACAUCCCUCACCUCUCUUCCCCGACUCAGAACGGCAGUGCCACCGGACACGGUCACCAGCACCACCCCAGCUUCCACAGCCAACAGGUCAUAAACGCAUCCGGGUCAGCGUCUGCCGCUGGGAGCCCCGUCAAGGAGAGUAGCUUCCUCCACCGCGAGACCAGUGCCGACGAUAACCCUGGCCCCGAUGCCGAGAAGGAGAAUGCGCUCGCUAGACCGACGCAAGAGGCCGACGCAAAGGACAUACCUAUCCGAAGAUAG